GUCAUUUUAACAACAACUCUGAGCUCUGAUACAAUGCAUCUGAAUGCAACAGAUUGAAAAUUAGAGUCUGAGCUCCGGGUUCAUCCAUACACAUUAGUUUAUAAAAUUGAUAUUUACGCAUGUUGUAAAAGCUGAAUGAAAUGUUCUAUGGGAUUUUAGUUUAUCACAGAACUCAAUCGGUGAUUAAAUGGUGUGCAUGCCUGAUGGGGUACUGAUGUGAAAAGCAGUGGAAGAAGCUGUGCGAAGUACCAGAAUGGAUGGACAGACUCAAAGGAUUCAACUUUUGUCAACAGACAACAACAUGGCUUUAGGACACAGAAUCCAGAUUGUUACUGAUCAGCAGACUGGCCAGAAGAUCCAGAUCGUCACAGCACUUGAACCAUCGUCCCCUGGAAAGCAGCAGUUUAUUUUAGCAAAUGCUGAUUAUUCCCCUGGUGGCAAGGUGAUCCUGGCCAAGCAGGAAGACUCACCCAGCAAGGUCAUCCUUGCCUCUCCAGAUAGUGCUGGGGUUAACCAGCUGUUGUUUGCCUCCCCUGAACUGGCUGGGUCACAGAUUCAGUUUGUGACUGAAGGCUCAGACCAGUCUGUUGUCAAGCCGAUUGUGGAGUACUGUGUUGUCUGUGGGGACAAAGCCUCAGGGCGUCAUUAUGGAGCCGUCAGUUGUGAGGGCUGUAAGGGCUUCUUCAAACGCAGCAUUAGGAAGAACCUGGUAUACACGUGCAGGGGUUCUGGAGAGUGUGCCAUCAACAAGCUCCACCGAAACCGCUGCCAGUACUGUCGACUGCAGCGCUGCAUAGCUCUGGGCAUGAAACAGGAUUCUGUGCAGUGUGAGAGGAAGCCUGUUGAAGUGACCACUAGAGAGAAAUCUGUCAACUGUGCAGCAUCAACUGAGAAGAUCUACAUCCGGAAGAACCUGUGUAGCCCUCUGGCUGCCACACCCACUUUUGUAUCUGACAAGGAAACUGCCAGGUCUACAAGUUUGCUUGAGUCAAGCAUGUUGUUCAACAUCCAGCAACCCUUCUCUAAGUUGGAAAAUACCAUCUUGAUCCCUGCAUCCCCUGACAAGCAGGAUGACCCAUCUCAGGGUGACCUCAGUACACUGGCAAAUGUAGUGACGUCCCUUGCCCACCUCAACAAGACAAGGGAGACAAGUGACAGCGGCAAUGAUAUGAUGGGAGUCGAAACGCUUAGCAACGGUGACAGCUCAAUGACAGAAAUCCAAGGAGACGAGCAAAGUGAUAUCACUCGAGCCUUUGACACCCUGGCCAAAGUCCUGCACCCUGGUGAUGGCUUACCAGGGAAUUCCUUGGAGGCCACAAUGCAGCUGAUAUCAGGGGACCAGUCGGGUCCUGUAGUAGAGUUAGACGGACCUCUACUCUCUGACAGCCAUAUCCCUUUCAAGCUUAUGAUGCCUUUGCCUGUGCCAGAGUACCUCAAUGUCAACUAUAUCUGUGAAUCAGCUUCUCGCCUACUUUUUCUCUCAAUGCACUGGGCACGCUCCAUACCUGCCUUUCAAACCCUUGGUGGCCAAGACGAUGACAUUAACUUAAUGAAAGCCUGCUGGAAUGAACUGUUUGCUCUGGGUCUGGCACAGUGUUCCAACAUUAUGAAUGUUGGUACCAUUUUAAGUGCCAUUAUCAGCCAUCUGCAGACAAGCUUACAGGAAGAGAAGCUGUCACCAGAGCGAGUAAAACUAGUAAUGGAGCACAUUUGGAGGAUGCAAGAGUUCUGUAACAGCAUGGCCAAGCUGUCCCCAGAUGCUUAUGAAUAUGCCUAUCUCAAAGCUGUUAUUCUCUUUAGUCCUGAUCACCCAGGCAUUGAUAAUACCCCACAGAUUGAGAGGUUUCAGGAGAAAGCCUACAUGGAACUACAGGAUUAUGUAACCAGGACCUACCCAGAAGAUUCCUAUCGGUUGUCCAAGCUGUUGCUCCGUCUUCCGGCCCUCAGGCUGAUAAGUGCAGCUGUCACCGAGGAGCUGUUUUUUGCUGGCCUCAUUGGCAAUGUGCAGAUUGACAGCAUCAUCCCUUACAUCCUCAAAAUGGAGUCCACUGAUUAUAAUAGCCAGGCGGCCUCUGGAGUCUGACACAGUGUGCUGUUUGUAAUGGCAAUGCUGGACUGUGAAAAUUCAACAGCCAAUCAGUAGUCGGAGGGCUUCACAAACUGGUCACUGAGUGGCCAUCACAUAUUGUAUUUAUGACACGGCAUUGACUCUCACAUCGCUCCUACUGCUGCCUCCUCAGUAGCCAGGCAGUAGAGGACAACUCACAAGGAGGAUAAAUAACACCAACUCCAGUGGCAAGCAAACUGCUUCACUGCCUCCAAACCUUUCCUUUUGUGCCGAUCUUGUUUGCAUUCUGAAGUAAUCGGGAUGCUUUGUUUUUCCACUGAUUUCCAGUAUGGUCAUGCUUUUUUAUUUUCUAAUACUUAUGGAGGAAAAAACUUGUUAUAAUGUUGAUUGAUUGUUGAGAUGUUAUUGCUAAAGGUUAGAACCUUUAUUUUUUAUGUUUGCCAAUCCAAAGGAUGGGGCAGCAUCACUUGUCAAAUAUUUGACAUCAUGUGGAAGUUAAUUAUGUAUAUAGACAGCACCAAGAAGGCUGUAAUAGGCAACUCUUGGUACAAAUCAUGACAAACAUGGACGGAAAAUGAUGGCCAAGUCAUUUGAAAAUAAAGGAAUCUUUCAGUCAUGUUUCCCUAUUAUAUACACAUUUGAACUUUCAUUUUAAUUGACAAUAUACUCCAAGUAUGACUUGGUGGGACUGAUUCUCACUAUUUACCUGUUCAACAUAAAUGUUAUGUAAUGCUCAUAAGAGUCAUAUUAAGCUUUUCAGCAGCAGCAGCAGCGCGCUACAACUUAUUUUGUAUUUUUGCCAAUGUGGACUACAAAAGCAGUCUAAAUAUGAUGUUGGGGCCAUGCUCACUCAUGUUAGAGCAGGCUUUCUGUGUGGAUGCACAAUUGAAGUAUUUUCUCUAGUACUGCCUGUUUGUGUUGUAUGUUUAGUUUGCACUCAGUAAAUACUCGGGAGUAUUUUCAUGUGUCAUUGCUGCAAAAAACCUUGAAAUACAAGAAUAACGGUGAAAGCUAGAUACGCAUUCUGUUGUUGACAAAUGCACCAAGUCAAUCAGCUUUUUAGCCCUGUCAUUCAAAGCCCACUGAGGAGAGAGUAGCACUGUAGUUUUUGUGAUCAGGGUUAAAUAACCUGGUGCUGAAACAGAAACUGUCCCCUUGCGUAUUUUUUUUUGACUAUAGGGUACUGGAGACAGGUUGUCUUCUUUGUAACCACGUGCAGUAGUUGUAAUUUGACAGGAUAAGUGUAUUGGCCCACAGCGGACCUCUUCCAAGAAGCAGGUUAAUUAAGUUAUCUUUGAAAGUAGCUCUGUUGUAAAUGUAUCUGUUACAGACCUGAUGAAUUUCUACUUUUUAUUUAAUGAUGCAAUCAAGAAAAUUCCGUAGUUCUGCUUCAUGUAACCUGCCCCCAAUUCUUUAAACAGCAGAUGGCUCACAUGUUCCUUUUGAAUUAAAAACACAAGAACUGCAUCCAACCCCAGUGGUGUUUUG